UUUUGGUCAAAAAGAGGUGAUUUUCUUAUGCAAAAUAGAAAAAAAGAUAAAAAUGAAUAAAUUUUAGAUAAGAUUUCAAAAUUUAUUAGGAGAAAACAGUAGUUAAUGACAUAAAUCAUAAUAUUACUAGAAUAAUUCACCUUUCAACUUUGCUUUUGUUAUAUAUCUAAUUAGACACUCUAUCUAUCUUUUCCAUCUAAUUAACUAAAAAAUAUGCAGUAUUUACACUAAAAAUGCAGUAUUUUAAAACAAUUUCUUAUGUGAUAAACUAGGGUGUCAGUCUUGUUCAUUUUACUCAAGUUCUAGUUAAAUGCGUCAUAUGAUUCAUACAAAUCACAAAAUCCAAAAGGGCAUUGCUUUUGAAAGAGAAUGUGUUUUUCUUUACAAUAGAAGAUAAUGUGUUCAAAUCUGAUUGGGACAUUUUUGGGAGUUUAAAUUUCGAAUCCAAUGAUACAACAAUAAUAGCAAUAAAACAAAACAGGGCAUUACAUGAGUCAUGAGUCUUGUAGAAAAGAAAGAAGAAUAAAAAGCCUAAUCUAUAAAUAAAUGAAUACUAUAUAUUAUAUAUAUAUUGUGCCUUUUUAUGGUAUUUUUCUAAUGCAUGCAACUCUGGAGAAGGUACAUAAGUGUGAAACACAAUCAGAGACAAAAGCCUAAAGAGUCGAGCAUACUUUAAUUUUUAAAAAUUAAUAAACCUUUUCUCUUGUCCAUUUUUGAAGUUUGUUCAAAUUUCAAAAACGUCUCUUUAACCCACCACUCCCUCCAUUACCACCACAAGCUCACGUUCUCCAAUACACUCACUCUCUCUCUCUCUCUAUCCCUCUCAGACUUUCUACUAAAAACCUGAAAAAAUAAAUCUCAGGUGUUGUUGUUUGUCUACGAAUUCGAGCCAAAACCUUUUUUUGCAAUCUACGACUAUAGAUGGGUGCUUCAGGAAAAUGGGUUAAGUCAAUCAUGGGUCUCAAGAAGCCAGAGAAAAGUGAAUCUGAAAAGGGUAGUAGUGGAAAAAACAAGAAGUGGAAGCUAUGGAGGAGUCCUUCAGGGGAUUUAGCCUCGUCUUGGAAGGGAAUCCGACACGGGCGGUCUGAUUCGGUUUCUUAUUCUGCAGCUGUUGCAACUGUGCUCAGGGCUCCUCCUAAAGACUUCAAAGCCGUUAGAGAAGAAUGGGCUGCUAUCAGAAUCCAAACCGCUUUUCGUGGUUUCUUGGCGAGAAGAGCGUUGAGGGCGUUGAAAGGGAUAGUGAGGCUACAAGCUUUGGUGAGAGGGAGGCAAGUGAGGAAACAAGCGGCUGUGACUCUAAGGUGCAUGCAAGCCUUGGUUCGAGUUCAGGCACGUGUUAGAGCUCGUCGCGUGAGGAUGACUGUACAAGGACAAGCUGUUCAAAAGCUUUUAGAUGAACACAGAAGCAAAUCUGAUCUCUUGAAAGAAGUCGAGGAAGGUUGGUGCGAUAGGAAAGGAACGGUCGAUGAUAUAAAGACAAAGCUGCAGCAGAGACAAGAUGGUGCUUUUAAGAGAGAACGCGCUUUGGCUUAUGCUCUUGCUCAAAAGCAAUGGAGGUCGAUUCCUAGCUCAAACCUUAAGACAAACAGUUCAAUCUCCUAUCUGAAAAGUCAAGAGUUUGAUAAGAAUAGUUGGGGGUGGAGUUGGUUGGAGCGUUGGAUGGCUGCUCGGCCAUGGGAGACUCGACUUAUGGACGCUACGGAGGCAGCCACGCCUCCUACUAAACACUUGAAGUCACCUGAGGUUGUUAAAGUUCGAAGAAACAAUGUGACAACUCGGGUAUCUGCGAAACCUCCUCCUCAUAUGUCAUCAUCGAGUUCUGGUUAUGACUUUAAUGUUAGUCCCGGUUCAACCACACCUGCUUCUGUAACCACUGGACUUGUUUCAGACAACUCUAGCAAGAACAAGCCGAGUUACAUGAGUAUGACUGAAUCAACAAAGGCUAAGAGGAGGACUAACCAUGUUAUGAGGCAGUCCAUGGAUGAGUUUCAGUUUAUGAACAACUCUGGAUUGUUCACCGGGGACUUGAAGAGCAGCAGCCCUGUCUCCUCGGAUCCUCCUUCCUAUGUUACUAAUUUCUCCAAACCUUUUGGUGUUUCUACACGAAGAGGUUAAAUUGUUUGAGGAAAAGUUUCAACAGCUUGUUGUUGUCUUUUGUGUUGUGAGAUAGUGUGCGUGUGUGUAUGUUAAUUCCUUCUUUCUUUCUCUUAAAACUACAUUGGAGUUUUUGGUUACCAUGAAUUUAAAUAUUAAAUUGAUGUUUUCCUCUUA